CAGAAAUUUAGGUUGCCAAGCCAGCUAUGACGCAACAAGCUUGGUGGGGCGCAAGCGAGUUGAUCGGAAUUGUACGGAUAAUGCAUGGUUUGUCAGCCUGUUGGCUUUGCGGCAAUGUUCGGCAGCUCCACGGCAUGUUUGCUUCUUUGGGCCUUUUUCCUUCUUCUCCCGAUUAACUGCACUGCUUGCAACGCACUCCAGUUCAAACUUGUUACGAGGCAUUCACAAUGCCUUCAACCAAGCUUCUCCGGGGAUUUGCGCCUCUGGCGUCCCAAUCCGCCCGGCCAGCCAAACGACCCGUGACAUGUCUCCGGCUGCGGCAAGCAGCCGCCACUAGACAAGCACACACCGGCACCGGCGCCGGCGCUGUCACUGGUGCGCGCCUCCCCUCGAGCACAGCGACCCUGCGACCGCGGCUCCCACCCACCCAGCAACCAUGGACCCUCCUCUCCCGGACCUCCCGCCGCACAAUCUUCAUCCAGACCGAGAACACGCCGAACCCAGACGCGCUCAAGUUCCUCCCCAACCACCGUGUUCUGCCGGAGGGCCUCAGCACGCCCUUCGUCGAGUACCUGUCGCCGCGGUCGACGAUCUCGCCGCCGUACCCGUCGCCGCUGGCCGCGCAGCUCCUGAACAUCGACGGCGUGACGUCGGUCUUCUACGGCGCCGACUUCAUCACGGUCACCAAGGCCGCCGACGCGAACUGGGCGCACAUCCGGCCCGAGGUGUUCGCGCUCAUCACCGAGGCCAUCACGUCCGGGCAGCCCAUCGUCACCGUGGCGGAGCGCAAGGAAGGGGCCGCGGCCGCGGCGGAGGGCCGGGCGGACGACGUCGCCGAGCGGGACAGCCUCAGCUACGACGAGAACGACAGCGAGGUGGUCGGCAUGAUAAAGGAGCUGCUUGAGACGCGGGUGCGGCCGGCGAUUCAGGAGGACGGUGGGGAUGUUGAGUUUAGGGGCUUUGAGGAUGGGUAUGUGAUGCUGAAGCUGAGGGGCGCAUGCCGGACGUGCGAUUCGAGCACCGUGACGCUGAAGAAUGGGAUUGAGGGCAUGCUGAUGCACUAUAUCGAAGAGGUGAAGGGGGUCCACCAAAUUUUGGACCAGGAGGAGGAGAUGGCGAUGAAGGAGUUCGCCAAGUUCGAGGAAAAGCUCAGGGCGCAGAAGGGCGAAGUGCCCCCUUCUACCGUUGGGAAAGACUCCCUGGAUAGAGUCCCUAGCUAAGAGUUACCUUCCUGGCUGGCGGAUCAUUGUGGGCUGCAGUGGCAAGGAAACUAGGCUUGGAGGCUUGGCCUGUUGUUGCGGCGCGGUUUAAGGAUUACAAAGAUUCUCUAGAAGCUUUUUUUCUUUCCCCUCAAAGAGCCCCCUCAAUGUACAUAUUGAAUGACUUGAACAGUCACUCGAGUAC